AUGGAGCUCCUCGACCUGCCAUCUGAAAUUCUUCACAUAAUCUUAGUUCAUGCCUCCUUGCUUGGUAUCAAAAGAGCCUUGAGAUUACGACUUGUGUGUAGCACAUUUGCUGGUGCGAUUUAUCCUGCGCUUUUCGAAACUCGUUUGAUGGAUCGCGAACAUGCCAUCGGUACAUUCCGUUGGCAUCUCGAGAAUCAACACGGCGCCGAGAAGCUGUGGCACGAAUACUUGGUACAUAGAGUCAUGGGUGAACGAGAUCCAAGUGUUGGACGGUUUGUCGAAAUGCGACAGACCGCGGAAGCUGCCUGCAGGGAGACUGCAAUUGACCUGCACACUGCCGUCGAUGGCAUGUGCUGGCUCGCUCUGAGGCAUAGAAGGGAGGAGAAGGACCGCGAAUUCCGCCAAUGGGGUCCAACACGCCCAAGAACGGCGAAUUUAAAUCUGAAUCUGAUGGCUUUCGCCGCUUAUUUUGGCUUAAGGGAUCUUGCCGAAAAGCUGAUCGAUGGCAAUCUCCCAACAAUGCACAAUUAUCUGUUUGCGCCGCCAAUGCAGGUUGCUGCACAAAUGGGUAACGUCCCUAUAUUGCAUCUUUUCCAGGAAGCUCUGCUCAAGUCACAAAAUGAAAUAUGGAAAUUUGAACCCUGGUCUGUCACUGGUGCUGCGAUUCGAGGCGACCUGGAGGUUCUCAAGCUAGCUCUUCGACCCCAUACGACAACCACUCAAGGUGAAAAUGAUGGCAAAUACGCUGACAUCGAUGGCCACAUGUUAAAAAAAUUCAAAUGCACAUUAGAGACUGGUAGAGAAAUUCUAAACAUUAGGCAGUACGCAUCUAAUCCCGAAGUCUACGACUACCUGGCUGGUGUACUGGACGAGACGGAGUUUGAAGGGGACGUGUACCAGGAGCUAAAGGUCCAUUCACUCGGAGGCAACUUGCCAAUGGUGCGUCAUCUUCUAGAUCUAGGCGCACCUAUUGAGCAUCCGCAGGGGAUCGAAACGCCAUUGGUCAUGGCAUGUCGAGGGCUGCACCUUGAUAUAAUUGAUCUUCUGCUAGACCGUGGCGCCAACCUUCACUUCAACAACAAGUACUUCCCGGUCUUCGCUUUUCACGAGGCAGCUAUUGCUGGUAGUCUAUCUCUUGCUCGGAAAUUACUAGACCGGGGUGCAAAUCCUAAUCGAGCUGAACCUCCGGGCCAAGCUGGAGGUUCGCAUGGAAAGUACCCGGCUCUAUGGUGGGCAUUCGAAAGGGAGAACACGGACAUGAUUAGAUUGCUCCUAGAGCGAGGAGCCACUUUCGACGGCCGGUACAAGGAUUGGAUUGGGAAGUCACUUGCUGAGAUGACCUACUACCUUGGGUACCAUUCGAUGAACAAUAUCUUGCGGAAGGAUCAUGGGUUUCAGAUUCCUGGACCUCUUCAUGACCCACGCAAACAGAGAGGACUUGGUUGGUUCAAGUGGGGUGAGGCAGUGACUAGAUACCCGCGAGCUUCGGAUCGAGAAUGGUGCGCACAAUAUGAAAAUUAA